GUACAACUACUGGAGCCCCCGCGGCUGGCGGGCCUGGCACUUCUGCGCCUCCUCCCGCGCCGGACGCCAGGACGCAGCAGCGCAUGGUGUUUCGGAACCGUCGUCUCCGCCGGUCCCUGCCGUACGACCUGGGGUCUUCGGGGAUUGUGUUCAUGCUGGCGAUGUACCGCAACCUCGCCGAAGCGGCGACCUCCACCUCGAUCGACUCCCGAUCGAGCUUGAUUGCCUCGACGGACGACAAUUUGUUACAGACUUUCGACCAGAUGCGGUUCAACGACUCUAGCUGUGCAGCCCCGGCGUCGGGGGCCUCCUCUCCGUCCGAGCACGACGACGCGGACGAUAGCCCGAGUGCGCGAACGGUGGAAGAGAUCGACUACUUGCUAGAACUCGCGAUCCAGUUUUUCGUGGAGUACGGCACCAGCCUGACCUCGGUGGAGCGGUCGCGGGGGCCCCUGGUGAAGCACUUGUCCCGCGCGAAACAGUUGUUGUCCUUGAUGCUGCAAACCUGGCCGCUGCAGACCAACAACGCGCAAGCGAAAAUGAUGCAGGCGCUGCUGUACGAAUUGCUGACCGUGCGGGACGCGACGAGCACCGGAGCCGUCGGAGCCCCGUGGCUCGCCAGCGUUAUUAUCGCGGAGGAGUUGGCGCUUCUCCAAAGGGGCAUCGAGGAAGAAAUGCAGACGUUUUCGCGCCAGGCGAGCGGGGAUAGCAGCGCCAGUUUCGGCGGCGGGGAGGCGGAUGAACUCAUCGACAGCAAAAGGGGGGGCUCGAAUCUGUUCAACCUAUUGAAGAAGCUGCAGCGCGUGAUCGCCUGUGUCGGCACGCUCGGCCAGAAGCAUCGGACCGGUUUCCCGCGCCGGAACAGUUGGAAUGCGAGAGACUUCGCGGAUAUGACUGGGGUGCAAGUCGAACGACGACAUCAAGGGACUAGGGCUACUGCAACGGGAGAUGUUGAUGACGAAACCUCCGCACAGGAGAGAACGCAAUUCGUCACCCGGACGGAGACGGCGACAUCUCUGUCCUCCGAUUUUUCCGCCGGCGCAGGCGGUGUAGAAGACGGAGGCUCGGGAGCCUCUGCUUCCGCUGCUGCUGCAGGUAGUUGUAACAAUAAUACGGGUUCCGGUUCUUGGCCUCCUCGUGCGGGAGGUGGAGCUGCGUCAGCACCGACCGGCGGAAAUCCAAGAACAACCACGCAGAUCCCCCCUCCCCGGUCGGGCAGUCGAGCAAGAAGUGCGGCCCGGCUGACCCACCGAUCGCACGAGGAGGAUCGGAUCGCGAGGACGGUGCUCGUGAGCGCCAUGCAGCCGGUUUUAGACAUCGCCGCGAAGAUGCAGGUGUUUACUGCGCAAGCGGCGGCGAACAUCCGGAACCGCGCCACUUUGGCGGCCGGCCUGGCCGCGUCUUCUACGAGGACCACGCCGGGCGCCACGCAGACGCAGAAGGCGCAGCAGCAGAAGCAGUUGCAGCUGCUCGAGCAGUACGCACUGAUGGCCAAUGCUUGUCUCAUGCACCUGCUCGAGUCGUUCGCAACCGAACUGGGAAACGAGGACUACGGGACCACGCACACGGUCCCGGCGGCCAUGCAGAAGGUGAUGGACUUGGCGAAGGCGAGUGCUGAAAAAGCGAAAUCGCAGGAAACCACGGCCUCUGCAGUAGGAGUUGCGUCCGCACAAGAACUACCCUCCGCAAAGCCGGGGGUAGUUCUGGUACAGCCGUUCCGCACGAUGGCGGCUUUGGCACCCCACCUAAACGUGGCGGCGGUUACGAACCAAGAAUCUCCACUGGUGUUCGGAUUUCUCCGCUACUUCUACCCCAUACUCUCCGUAGACGAAACUGUUGAACUACUUCCGGGAUGCAGCUCUACUGCUACUUUCCACGACCACCACCCAGUCGGACCAUCUUCUUUACAUCCCCGGGAAGUAGAUUCUGGCCCUGACAACCCGCAUUUUCAAUUCUUGUCCGCACUGGGAUUCUUUUCCUAUCCUGGUGGACCCCCGCGGGUAGCAGUACAACAACCUGGUCCCGGCGGGGGGUUCGGUGCUAGUACAACCGGAAUGAUGUUGGCAGGAGCAACCGCAAGCUCGUCCAGGUUUUUUGGGCUGGGUCGGACUCGGUCGGUCGGAUCUGCAAUGUCGGGGAUGGAGGACGUUGACGCCUCGCUCGGCGACAUGGAGGAGGUUGAUGAAUUGGCCGAGGAGCAGGGAGGACUCCUGGACCCCCCGGAACAAGAAGACGAGGGCCGGUGGUCCACGAUGGAGACGCUGCGCAACCAAAACAACAAACGGGUGCAGAUGGAAGACCAGGACCCGUUUUACAGCACUUCUCUCGACCACGACCAUGACGCAGGAGACGAAAUGCUACAGACCGGGACGAUGAACAAUAAGACCACGACUACAUCUGGUUCUUGCUGUGCCAGAACCACUACUUCCAGAACCACAGACUCUUCCUCCGGGAGCAGUACAUCAACCAGAAACUGCGCACCGACCCUGUACUACUUCGAGUUUUGCACGCAGUUCAUCAUCCGCACUGCGCGGGAAUUGACCCUGCUCAAUGGCGGGUUGAGUCGAACGCCAGGCGGUGGACCGCGAGGACUACUACAUCAAGACCAGCUGCCUAUGAACAACUUGGGAAGUAGAAUCAAUAUGACGACCGGUGAGGUGCUGGACGACAACCACGUCCACGCGCACAACUCGGGCGCGGAGUUCUUCAGAAAUGCACUGAAAAAGGUGUACGACCCGGUAACGGAGGAGUUGGUGGAUGCUGCGAACACUGUGUACCGCUACUUCAACGACAAAAUGAUGAUGUCUACUCGCGGAGGUCAUGGGGGUGGUCAUGGUCAUUUCAGUGACCGGCAUCAUGGAAGGACAAGGAGUGGCAACGCCGCUGCUGCUCCGGUGACCCGCCAGAAAGUUCGUUUUCUGCUCCAAACCCGGAUCCCGAUGUUGUUGCAGAUUCUGCAGAAAGGCUUGAUCCAGCCCGCGUUGGCGAUAAUUUCCAAUGAGGAAACGAAUACUUCUUCUGAUGUCCACUCUACUUGGGGCAGUGAGUCGAACAGUCGAGGUGGAAGGAAUUUUUAUCCGCAGACAGCACCGUCCUUUUCCUCUCUAUCCGGAGAUGGUGGUGGUGGUGGAACAACAGGGUGGUCUCCUCCUCCACAGCAGCAGGACGAGACGACAGCUGGUGCAGCUGCCUCUUCCGCUUUCAAAAGCAACACGUUCGUGAGCAAUGUGAUCCGCGAUUACCUUCGCAUCACUAUCGCGAAAGCUGGGCUGGGAAACAAGUGGGCCUUUCGGCCGAGGGCCAGUGGAGUCGGGAUACGGAAGGGGGGUAGAAGUAGCCGCGAGUCGAUGGUGUUGCUGCCUGAAGAUGAGCCUAGGCCAUCAUCGGAUCUCUUCGGUGGUAAUAUGAUGCAGCAAGAGCAGCAGGUGGACAGCACCAGCGACACACAGGAGGCACCCGGGCUGUUUUUUCUGCACCACUUUUCGCACGACGUUGCGUCGGAAUUGUUCAGUGGGGCUUAUCACAAACUACGAGUCGCGCUACUGAACUUCUACCAGCCGGCGAUAUCGCUCUUCCCACUGCAAGAGCUAGAACUCCUUACCGCGGCGAGCAGUUUGCGAGCUUACUUUAGCAACGGCAGCGCGGUGGACUUUUCCGCUCCGCAAAGCCAGUAUGCCGGGUUUUCGAGCCCCGACGACGGUCUGCACGGGUGCGUGCUGGAAGCCAAUCCUUUAGUGGAGGUGUUGCAGGGGGUAAUUGGGGAGUACGAAAGCAUGUUGAAACGCGAAGCAGCCCGGCUGGGGGUUCCGGUACUAUAGGAGAGGUUUCGGUUUGUAGUUCAUUAUUUCCGGGUACUUUGUUUAGAGGUAAAAUGUUGUUCUUCGUCAACAUUCGACAUAUUGAAUUCUUCGUAAAUAAACAUUAAGAAGUUCUUUUGUGGGUCGACCACAACCGCCGCAUGACAAUUGAUAUAAAACGCAGGACCCCCAAGGAGCUUACCAAUCUCCCUCCGGGUUACUGCAGUAUCGCGGAAUUCAGACGGACGAGAAGAAAACCAACAACUACCUGUUUGAAGCCACGGAAGACAGCGAGCGAAAGAUUGGGAGUGAGCUGCAGGAGAGAAUUCUCCUUCUGUUCGCGGCUUCUUCCGACCAGUUCUGCCAAGCGGAGUGGUUCACCUUACUCGUGCAGAAAGUUGCCGUCCCGACGGUGUCCUUGUACCAGGCGACCAAGGGCAUGUUCCGCGGUGACUCCCUGAUCGACUUUGUGAAGUCUUUGCACCGUUCCUGCGGGAAAAAGUUACUCUACACCUCCUCCGCGGCCAGCAGUCCAUUGGUGGUAUGACAAUGAACAACUCCCCCUUCCCCUCAUUUGUAUUGCAUGAACACCAGCAAUACAAACACCAGCACAUCACGUGGAGCCUGUGCAUGACAAAUUCAUGCGUCCGAAGCUGCUUGCGGCGACGGUGCAAAGGUUUUUGAAGUGGCGCAGUCGGGUAUGCGGGACAAAUUCAUGCGCCUGGUGUAGUACUGUUUGGAUUUCCGGAAUUUGUUAUGCACGCGGUGCCACAAGGUAGCUCAGCAACUGGAUUUGGAGGGGGAGGGGGAGUUGUGCACCGUCAUAGGUGGUAAACGUCGAGCACCAGAAGUUGAAAUCCUCUUCGGUUUAUGGAGAAAAUCAUGGGCGGACGAACAACAUCAACGGCGCAAGAACCCCAGGAACAACCGCCCCCUCUUUGGAGCAUCAAAAUACUAGCAAGUUUCUGACCCCGGCCCAAGCGUACGACGUCAUUUCCGCGGUGCUGAUCUUUGUGAAGGACGCCGUUGUGGUCGAGCGGUCCGGCGAGUUGCAAAAGCAGCUGUUCGAACUGCUGGAGGAGGUUCUGGACGGUGUCGGGAUGACUUCUUGUGUCGAAGAAAGUAGUACGACAAGUGCUGAUCAAAACAGCGGUCGUUUUUGUGCGGGGAGCGCUGCUUCCUCUUCUUCCUCAUGCGCUGCAGCGUCCGCUUCGACCCCAACUUGGCAACAGCAACUGAAGGAGUCAAAGCACUUAUUGCAAGAAAAAAUUCCCCCUCCCCAUAUUGAAAGCGCAUCCGUCUGAAAAUUCAUGAUGCAGAUUUGUGAUCACAAAUCUGUCUUCCAAGAAGGCACACUCAGUCUGUCCGCCACGCUAUGCACGCGAUUUGUAAUGCUUUAAGGCCUACUUACAGAUGAGCCGUCUACGAUGCUAGGCGCCUGCACCAAGAGGCCCCCGCCUUGGCUCAGGACCUGCGUGCAUUCCUCUACUGCAGCACAAAUCUGAUUUGUGUUUCCAAAUCCAGCAUCUGAAAUUUCGUUUUGAUAUGGGGAGGGGGGAUUUUUUCUUUUGACGCCACUACUGGGAACUGUUCGAAGCCGUGCUCCAGGUGCUCACGGACGGCGAGCAUGGGGGCGGGCUGCUGUUUCAGGUCAAGUUUGUCCGGAAGUUUCUCCGACAAAUCACCUGGAAAAACCAAGACCGAGACAACGACGCGCUACGAUCCUUCCGCCCGAAAGUGGCUUCUUGGCUGACCAGGUUUCCGGGCAUGCGGGCGCCGGGAAAGGCGACCGCUGUGGUCGACAUGCUGAUCGAUACCGCGAACAGCAGCAAGUCUGAGAACGAGUUUUUCGGCGUAAUCCAAGAUUUUUUGCUCGACCGGAAGAUUUACUACGGGGGCGGGGCAGCUUAUCAGGAGCCGGCUGCGCUACCGCUGUGUUCCUAAAUUUUCAAACCGCCCUUGGAUGCGAUCGUCUUCACUAGAAGAAUUCAGGAAUAAGUAGGUGUGCUGCUCCGUGUCAGAAAUACGAAUGCCUGACAGGAAAAAAGCUUCUUGUGUAGAGGAGCUGCGAGGACGAACGAAGGUGGUGUACAUCGUCUGCAGUCCACCUGCCAUGGGAUACGCCGGAGCGCCGUGUGGCUGAUAAUGCAGAUCGAGUAUCUAUCAGAGCUUAGCAGUAACCACGAUACCUCUCAUGCACUGUGCAGUCCCACGGAUACGUUCACUUUUUUUUUUUUGCUGUUACUAGCAGGACCGUUUCCACUAGGCGUAGUACGUCGACGUUGCCGUCGACGUUUUCUUCGUGGUUUCUUGGCCGAAAAAUAUUCAUUUGUGUAGUGCCUAUUGCUUUUGCUUUUCCUUUGAGUUUGCCACGUAUCUAGAGAUGAUCUUCCACUUAAGAAUAAAGUUUGAGUUUCGAUAACUUCUCUUAUUUCUGUAACGAAAUUGCAUUGUACUGGUCCGCCGGAAAUAAAAGCUGUCACGCGGC